UUUUCGGCAAAGCAACAAACAAUUAACUCAAAGUUUAUCUACUUUUUAAAUACAGUUUUUAGCCGCUCGAGCAAGAUUAUGGCGAAGUUGUUUUUCACUCUCUUCUCGGUUCUUGCCCUAGCCUCAACUUUUGCUUGUGGCGCAAGAAACGUCCCAGGAGGACUCUCUGACCAGAGGAACUACCUCGGAUUCGGUGGUGGGUAUUCCGGCAUCGGAGAUAAUGGUUUACCUUUUGGUGGCGUCGGUGGAGGUGUCUCUGGCCCCAGUGGUGCUCUUGGCUUUGGUGGACUUGGUGGUGUUGGUGGAGGACUAAGCGGUGGCUUAGGAAAUGGGAUAGGCGGUGGCUUAGGAAACGGUAUAGGCGGUGGAGUUGGUGGGGGAAGUACCGGAGGAGUUCAUUUUCCUUGAGUUGCUUAAACUGAUGUCAGAGCAAGCAAUAAUAGUAAUCAUCUCUUUUUGGAUUUGGACUUUGGAUUUUCCGUUAUAUGUUUAACGUGCGUCUUAAGCUAAUGUUGUGUCCUUAGAAUCAGACUCGUGUCUUUGUCACGUCAUGGCUUGGUCCCUUUCAAUUUAUAUUUUGACUAUUUUCGAGUGUUUCACUUAAUGAGUUCAUGUCAA